AAUUAUUUCAUGGAACAAAACCUGAGUCUGUACAAGGCAUAACAGAUUAUGGUUUUGAUGAUCGAUAUUUUAGUUCCAGUGGACGAUGGGGUCAUGGUGCAUAUUUUGCUGAUAAUCCACAAAAAUCACAUGGUUAUGCAAGACCUGAUACAAAUGAUGGAACACAUGCUAUGUUUUAUGCCAAAGUUCUCUUAGGCAUUCCUUCAGUACUAAAUCAAGAUAAUCCUAAAUUGACUUCAGCACCUAUUGGAUUUCAUUCUGUUCAAGGAACAGGAGGACAAUAUGAAGAAUACAUCGUUUAUCGUUAUGGUCAAGCAUUACCAUACUUAAAAAUAAUCUAUAAAUAA